AUGUUUGCCGAUUUUCCAUGUGCUCGUACACCUCUCGAGGUGCAGAUUUGGGCGUAUGUGGAGUCCGCUUGGGCAUCCGAGCUGGCGCGUGGCCAGAUUAGCAUUGACUGGAGGCAAGGCUGUUGGACAGCGGCCGAUAAAUUUGCGACCGCCCCUGCUGAUGAUGAGCAGCCUCCAGCGAAGCUGAUUGGACCCGCAAGGUUUGGCAAGGUUUGCCGCGGCAUUUGCUGCGAGCAUACUCACGGGUCGCAAAGCCUAAGCACUCACGUGACCUUCAGCAAAACCUUUCCGGGCCCUGUUUGCCCUCUUUGA